AUAAAUUUUGACACAAGCAGGGAAACCACUCUGUCAAAAGGAUUCUCAAUUUGCUCUGUUUUUUAAUUUUCAUUUUGAUCUGAAGAUGACCCGCGGAACCCUUGAAGUUCUUCUUGUUAGCGCCAAAGGUCUCGACAACUCCGAUUUUUUAUCUAAGUCGGAUCCUUAUGCGGUCAUCACCUACCGAACUCAGGAGAAGACUAGCGGCAUUGCAUCAGUUCAAGGAUCUAGCUCUGAGUGGAAUGAGAGCUUCCUCUUCUCUAUAUCCAGCGAUGGGACUGACCUCAAGAUCAAACUAAUGGACAAAGACACGUUCACAGCAGACGACUUUAUGGGUGAAGCAACAAUUCCUCUCCAGCCUCUGUUUGUUGAAAACAACGUUCCGCCCAUGGCAUACCAUGUCGUCAAAGAUGACAAGUACUGCGGAGAGAUCAGAGUAGGCCUCACUUUCACUCCCCAGAGGAGUAGAGGCCUUGAAGAGGAGAGCUAUGGAGGAUGGAAGCAAUCAUCGUGCGUGGAGUGAGGAAGAUGUUGGAAUCAAGAGUCAUUGUGAACUAUCAUUUGAUUGCAACUGCUUAAUGUUUUGAUCAUUUAAAGGAACCUGCAUUGUGAUGGAUUUCAGCAGUAUUGGUCAUGAUGUGCUCUUGUGUAUCAGAUCUUAUGCUCUUUCAGUUUUAUCCAACAAUUCAAUUACAGCCUUUUAUAUUUGAUGUGGUGUUAUUUAUCCAUCCAUUUGCUUCAUUAACCAUACAUGAAUAGAAGCAUUCAUUUUUUUAGGAUUUGUACGUGUAGUUAUAGAUAAAAAUACUGCUCAUUCAGUUCUGACAAUAGUUGUAUUCCCUUUUGAAAUGUCACAACUUAACAUAAUCAUUUUUCUUUAUGGUA